CGCGCGCUGGAGCUUUGUACGCCUUUAAUUUGCGUAGUGGCGUCAUCGGCACGCGCCGCACGGCUGAAAGGACCCCCGAAGGGAAGAGAAGGGCUGUCUUUCGCGCUGCCUGAUUCCUUUUCCGGCAUGGCUCUCUUCCUGGUCCCGAGGUAUGAAGGCAAUGGGAAGAAAGAGGAGGGAAACGGCCCACAAAAUGUGCCUCGGUUGCUGCUGCGGCGUUUGCAGGAAAAGGCCCUCCUUCGAGAGAAGCAGAAGGCGCAGCAAAGUCUCCUGAUUUCAGGCCCCGAAAUCCAUGAAGAAAAUGAAGUUCUGGGGUCAAAGGAUGAAAGCAAAGUGAUUGCAGUGCAAAUAAAGGCAAAGAAGCGAAAACGGGACAAAGUUGGAAGAAAAAUUCAGAACAAGAAACACAAGGACGAAGAUUUUGGGGAAACAGAUCCAGGGAUGAAAGCAGCUGAUCCUGAAGAAGGUGAAGGAGGAGAGGAAGAGCAAGAUGGGAGCCUGUCUGCUCCGGAGCGCAGUCCGAACUCGGCUCCUCUGAGCGCAAUUGUCCUGGGCCGCUGCAGCCACCGAACGGUGCACAAGGUGAGGCCACCCUUGCCACCAUUGCUGUCCACAUCGCGGCGGAUCAAGAGGCGCAUCAAGGCCAACCUGCUUCCUCUCGCUGGCCUCCCUCACCUUCACCCUACGCUGGUCAAGAAGCUGCAAGCCAACGGGAUCGAAGCUUUCUUUCCAGUCCAGGCAGAGGUGAUUCCGGCCAUUUUGUCAGGCUGUUCCAGCGGCUUCUUGGCCGGGCGGGGGGGCUUCCGGCCCAGCGACCUCUGUGUCUCGGCCCCCACCGGCAGCGGGAAGACCCUCGCCUUCGUGGUGCCCAUCGUUCAGGCGCUUUUGGGCCGCGUUGUCUGCCAGGUGCGAGCCCUGGUUGUCCUUCCCACCAAAGAGCUGGCCCAGCAGGUGAGCAAAGUAUUCAAUCUCUACACAGACGGAACAGGGCUGAAAGUGGUCCAGAUCACCGGCCAGAAACCCUUUGCUAAGGAACAAGAGUCGCUCGUGGAGGAAACGCUGAACAGUUUCCGCAGCCUGGCGGACAUCGUGGUGGCCACUCCGGGCCGCUUGGUGGACCACCUGCAGGAGACCCCGCACUUCCGCCUCGGGCAGCUUCGUUUCCUGGUCAUUGACGAAGCGGAUCGCAUGGUGGACGGGAUGCACCAGGAUUGGCUGAAGCAGGUGACGCAGGCUGUGUUCCGGGAGCAAGAGGCCGGUGCCGCUGGGACCUUCGAGCGGAAGGAGGAGGCGCACCUCACGGCGGCCAGGGCCUCCGUGCCUCGGCUCCCCUUCCAGAAGCUUCUCUUCUCGGCCACCCUGAUGCGCGACGCAGAGAAGCUGCAGGCCCUGCGCCUCUUCCGCCCGAGGCUCUUCAUGCCGGAAGAAGAAGAAGAGGAGGAGGAAGGAGGAGAGGAGGAGGAGAAGAAAUACACGCUCCCAGAGGGCCUCUCGCAAUACUUUGUGCCGUGCAGCCUGCGCUGGAAGCCGCUCUUCCUGCUGCACUUCCUCCUCCGCCUGAAGUUCUCCCGCGUCCUCUGCUUCGUCAACAGCAAGGAGACCUCCCACAGGCUGUUCCUGCUGGUCAAGGCCUUCGGAGGGGUCAGCGUGGCCGAGUUCUCCUCAAGGCUCACCCCCAACCAAAGGAGAGCAACGCUGAAGGAGUUUGAGAGAGGGAAGAUCCAGCUGCUAAUCAGCACGGACGCCACGGCGAGAGGCAUCGACAUUGACGGGGUGAAGUGUGUCAUCAGCUACGAAGCGCCGCAGUUCAUACGGAGUUAUAUCCACCGGGUGGGCCGCACAGCGAGGGCCGGGAGAGCCGGCUUGGCCUUCACGCUCCUCUUAAAGCAACAGGAGUCCCGCUUCCUGCGGAUGCUGUCCCAAGCCGGCCUCCCCGCCAUGGGUCAGCAGACGGUUAAAGUGGACGAGAUCCAGCCAAUGGUCCCUCGCUACCAAGAGGCUCUGCAGCAGCUCCAGGAGGCGGUCCAGGAGGAGAGAGCUGAGAAACUGUCUUGAAGGGAAGGCAAGAAAUCAGAGGAGCAUUGACAGCUAUCAGACCAGCGUUGACAGCUAUCUAGUAUAAUUGAAUCCUGGAUGUGUGGUUUUAUCUGCCCCAUAAAAAUAAUUAAAAUAAAUACACAUGUACAUACA